UGUACACUUGUCAAGUGGGUACAGGUUACCGCUGCACACGACUGGAGUUCAACAUAGAGUACCUGAGCGAGACGGGUGCUGACUUAGUCACCUGGCCGCUGGCGAUUUUAGCGUAUGUCGUGCCGCGAGUUGCGCGCUUCGGCUUGUUCGUGAUUCUCAUGUUCCAACUCAGCCACGCGUUGGGUCCCUUCAGCCGGUGGCACCCCUUAACGCCGAAAGGCGUUUUUCAGGCCGUUCCCAUCAACUACAUACAAGUGCUGCUCGUUUCGGCCCUCGUGGGCGAUUCUCUGGCCUUGGUUUUGCGAACGUCCCGUGCAGGCGUCCUCGGAGAACAAUUUGCACAAGGCGCACACCUGCUCAAUAAGCAGCUUCUGUUAAAGGAACAGAGGCAAGCACGAGGUGCCCCGUCUGUAUCUGUGAGGAUACAGAAAGAUGAAGAUGUGUCUUUUCCAAGUCUCCUAUCAAGCGGUCGUGCUACGGACUCGAAAUACAAGGAAGGGGAAGAUAGCCUGCCCUUGUUGAAAGGAAAACAGGCACAGUUUGCAGGUAGGGCGUUUGCGAGACCGGCGUUUGCGAAACCUUCAUCUACCUCGCUCCCCGCGGGUGCUGCAAGACUCUCAGAUGAAGACAGGGUGCCUCUGCUUGGGAACCAAGAGCAAGAGCGAAGGGUAGAUGAUGCUGGUGGUGUGGUGGAAAAUGCAGGCACGACCAAGGAGGAAGCUCCACAACCAAUAAAGCACGAGAGGGGCGCGGAUUUGCGCUUGUUGAACUUGAAGCCGUACGGAGACGAAGAGUUACA